AUGCCGCUCCCACCACUCGAGACGACCUCUCCCAUCGCCUGGCAGUACACGGCCGAAGGAGGCGCCAACCUCGUCGUCUCGUUCGCUGGUCCUGCUGACUCGCCCUUCUCGGGCCAUGCUCUCAGGCUGAGGAAACGCAAGAAGCGGGCAGGCGGGGUCAAGGGAGGGGAGGACGCUGUUCCUUCAGAGGUGGACGUCGAGUUUGGCGCGAGGAUCAUCGCGCCGCUCUUAGGCGAGGCGAACGUUGUCGUGAUGGAGAAGGUGCCGCUGUCGCGAGACUGGCUGGAGGAGCUCGUCGAGGACAUGCGGGCGCAAGGAGUGCGGCCGGCGGAACGGGAGGCGGAGGACGAGGUCGAUCUUGACACACCCGAGGGCGUCGUUGUGGAGGACCUCAUCGCUGGCCGAGGGGUCAUUGCCGUCGAGAUCAAGCCAAAAUGGGGCUUCCUCCCGUCUCCCACGCAUCUCUCGCCAUCGACCGCGUCGAUGAAGACAACCUAUUGUCGCACCUGCAUGCACCGGCACUACAAGGCGUCCGACGGCGAAGGCUCAGACGGCUUCUGCCCACUCGACCUGUACAGCGGCAACUCGGCUCGCGUGCACAAGGCGCUCGAGCAGCUUUACGGCAGCUGGAUGUCGAGCGAGGGAGGGAUCAACAACUUGCGCAUCUUCCUCGACGGGAAGAAGGUGCUGCCAGGCAACGCCGAUCAAGCCUCACCUCUCGACUACGCUCUUGAUCACCUGACCACGAGCGGCCCUCCUGCAUCACCCAUCUCGCGCGCCUCCCUCUUCGCCCACGCUCUCGCACCAACCCUCCUUCGUACGCCCGCCCUUCCUCUCCUCCGGGAGCUUCAAUCCCUCCUCGACGUCCUCUACAUCGAAGGACUCGCUUCGCUUCUUUCCCGCACGACCGGAGUCGACCUAGCGCGGCACUUUGGGCCGGAGGAGGUGCAGAAGCUGGGUGGACAGCCGAGGUUGGACGAGUGGAUUGAGUGGGUGGGGCGGUAUUCGCCUUUGCUCGGUCGGCAACAAGGAGGAGAGUCGUCGCCUCUCAGUCAUGAAGAGUGGGAUCAAUCGAAGGCGACGCUCGAAUCUCGUUUCCUCGCCUCCUCGACUUCCGAUGAAGGCUCGCCCUCUCCGCCUUGGCGCGACGCGAUCCUCGCCUACCUCCUCUCAGCAACCUUCAAAGACUGCUCGCUCAUCAUCCGGCUCCCGCUCGACUCGGCGGCUUCAACGGUCGGGACGGUCAAGGCUAUCGACCUCGAUCCGAAGCCGAUGAACAGGCUGGGCAAGUAUUGGAGGAUGGACAGGGAAAUCGUGGAGUGCUGGAAGGAGCGGUUGGAGCGGAUGGAGGCGGUGGGGCGGGCGGGCGAAGUUAGACAGUGCAGAGAGGGCUGA